AUGGCCAACCAUAAUGCUGAGCCAGCACCAGGCUUCAAGGGCGAUAUACAUGAUGCACCGACCAUGAAACACGCCGAUAGCAACGAAAUACAGGCCAAGUGGAAGUCCGUCAAAAAUGCCGACGGCGAUACUGCCAUGGCGCUUUUCGACGACCCGGCGGAACUCCACGAACCGAUCGACCCAGCCGAGGCAAGACGAAUUCUGUGGAAGAUUGAUCUUAUGAUCCUACCGUAUUUGGCUGUUUGCUAUGCCUUCUUCUAUAUCGAUAAAACCACCCUUAGCUAUGCUGCUAUCUUUGACAUGCGAGAAGAUCUCAACCUACAUGGCACUCAGUACAACUGGCUGAGCAGUAUCUUCUAUUUUGGCUUUCUUGCCUGGGCAUUCCCCACCAAUUUUCUCUUGCAACGCCUUCCGAUCGGCAAAUAUCUCGGAGCCAAUAUUUUCUUGUGGGGUUUCUUCCUCAUGCUCCAGGCAGCAUGCAAUAGUUUUGAGACCCUUUCGGUUCUUCGCGCGCUAGGUGGCGCUGCUGAAGCUUGCUCCGAUCCGGCCUUCCUCUUAAUCACCAGCAUGUGGUAUACCCGUCGUGAGCAGCCCGUUCGAAUUGGCCUUUGGUAUACUGCAAAUGGAAUCGGAAUUGCUCUGGGUGGUCUCCUCGGCUACGGUAUAGGUCAUAUCCGGGGUGCUUUGCCUUCAUGGAAAUACGAGUUUCUGGUGAUCGGCGCAUUGUGUGCUUCCUGGGGUAUCGUCAUGUUCAUCUUCCUUCCUGAUUCCCCUGUUACUGCGCGCGGCCUUACAAAGCGCGAGCGUCGGAUCGCCGUGGACCGUCUUAGAGAAAAUCAGACCGGCGUGGAGAACAAGCACUUGAAGCCUUAUCAGAUACUCGAAGCUUUCUUGGACUAUAAGCUUUACAUGUUCUUCAUUCUUGGUGUUGUCUGCAAUGUCCCCAACGGCGGCAUCUCCAACUUUGGGACCAUCAUUAUUAAAGGAUUUGGAUUCUCUACUCUUGUCACAACCUUGAUGCAAAUUCCAUAUGGUGUGCUCAUUGCAUUGUCCAUAUUGGCAUGCGUCUACUUGAACGAUCGCUUCGAAAACAGACGAUGCAUCUUCGUACUGAUUUUCCUCAUUCCCAACUUAGCUGGCGCAUUCGGACUUCGUUUCGUCCCCACUCAACAUCAUAUUGGCCGGCUGAUCUGCUACUACCUGACUGGACCGUACAAUGCUGCGUUCGUGCUCAUCCUGAGUAUGCAGAUCGCAAACACAGCAGGCCACACCAAAAAGGUCGUCACCAAUGCAGUUCUCUUCCUCGGCUACUGCACGGGCAAUAUUGCGGGACCGUUCUUCUACAAGACCGAUCAAUCUCCGACAUAUGAGCUCGGUAUCUGGUCAAUGAUUGUUUCACACUUAAUCGAGGCUGUCCUGAUUUCCACGCUCGGUCUUCUUCUUCGUUGGGAGAACAAGAAGCGGGACCGUAUCCAAUCUCAGAUGGAGGGCGGUCUCGAAGCACGGGAUCUGGAUUCGACUGCUUUCCUGGACUUGACCGAUCGGGAGAAUUUGAAGUAUGUUUUACCUCUCAGUUUCCGAAUACAUCUAUUAGGAGAUUGA